CCCAAACACAAAACAGCAACAGUUGUUCCUGCGAUGCAACUGUCAAAACGGAGCUUUUCCGAGCUCUGUAUGUACCACACAAUGGGGGUGAAGGGAUUAAGCUCCGAAGUGCUUGCCUCGAGGCAGUUUUUCCCUCGAGUUUGAAGCAGCAGUUGAAUUAAAUUCUGGGCGCUUGAUUUUUAUUUAUGAAUCUCCCGUUGCCUGAUUCACAGUAUUGCACCCUCGAGAAAUUAAAUGUGAUAGAAUAGUAUUGUUGUUCCUUCUAUAAUUUAUUUAAAUAUUUCGCCACCAAAUCUCAGAUCAACAGUUGCAAAAAACGUAAGUUCAAAAAAACGGGUAACACGGGUUUUCCUGUGAAAAAUCGAUUCCAGUUAUCCUGCAAGACUAUGCUGUCAAAUAUCCGAGCUUUUGCUAUCCUGCUGCUGUGAGAAGUAAGUGACUUGACGUGUUGUCCGGGUGCAAUGAAUUGCGAGUAGUAGACUCGUGUUCGCCAGGAUCCUCGUAUGACCCAAGAUGAUUGUCACCUCUGCUUCUGGCCUGGAUAGCACUCCGACGCUCGGCACCGUAGAGGUGACCACGCUGCUGGGCGCCUUUUUCGGGGUCCUCGUUCUACUGCUCCUGUUGUUUCUCUUCAUCAGUCGCAGGUGCUGCUUCCACUACCGCCAUGCAAUUAACUGCUGUGACGAGCGCCACCUGGCAGUCAAGUGUGUGCAGAAGAUCACUCGCAAGAGGCGUUACGAGAACACCAGUUCCGAUUCGGAGGAGGACAUACUGCGGCGUCUACGGUGGCACCAUCAGCACCAGCUGGGCGAGAAGCCUGGCGGAUACGGGCUGGGAAUAAGCCAGGCUAAUCCGCUGACGGCGCAGAGCUUUAACUACCACCAGGCAGGCGCCGGUGCCGACCUGCAGAGGGUGACGUUAACGCGUGACCCCUUAGCCAUCGCCGAGCGUGGCAAGGUUGGAAUCCCGUCGUCGCACAGUGAGUGCAGCUCCAACGACUCCAUGGAGGUCUCAGUGGACAGUCACAUAGGCAUCCUGACGGGCCUCAGCAAAGGCACAACCACAGUCCCCCACCCGGCAACAGCCUUCCGCAACCCGUGUGCAGGACACCGGCCCACAACCCAGGCUUUGAAGUACCAGCACCGGGUCGACUUGGCUGCUGCGCCCAAACUGGACAAGGAACGGGACAACGUGCUGGUGGUGCCCAUGGUCAAUGGCUACAGCAUCAACAACAACAACUCGAUUACAACCAGCAAUAACAACCCCAGCAGCAACAACAACGAUGACGAACCCCUUUUCGACACCAGCGACUUGCGUUCGGUCAAGUCGGAUGACCUUCUGGUGGGGGUGGACCACAAGGAGUCGCCCGUUCAGAGGGGUCCCAUCGAGCUGGAGUUGUCGCUGCUGUACGACGCCCCGAUGCGGAAAAUGACAGUGCACGUGAUGCAGGCCAAAAACCUUCCGCCCCUAGGUAGUGGACAGGCCACCCAUACGCAGGUCCGGAUGUUAAUGCUGCCGAGCAAGAAGCAGAAGCUCAAAACCAAGAUCCGCAGCGGCGAAACCCCACAGUAUAUGGAGAGCUUCCUGCUGCACCGCGUCAACCCAGAAGAUGUGAACAACAUGGGGCUGCGUGUGCGGCUUUACGGCUGCGAGCGGCUGCGUAAGGAACGCCUGAUCGGGGAGGCGUAUGUGAGCUUCGCCACUGUAGACCUUGAACUGGAGACAAACCUAUGGCUGCCCCUAGAGCCUCGCAACACCUCUUCAGGCCUGGGCUCUACCAGCGAUCUGUUAAGCCUUGCUCGGUCAGAAAGCGCGGGCUCCACCUCGUCCAUGCAGCAUGGGGGCGUGUCUGAGUUGCUGCUGGGUUUGAGCUACAACGGGGUCACCGGGCGGCUGAGCGUGGAGAUUAUUAAGGGCAGCCACUUCCGUAACGUGUCGCUGAACAAGGCGCCCGACACGUACGUUAAAAUGGUUAUGGUCAGCAGCAUCGGACAAGAGAUCUCCCGGGCCAAAACGUCAAUCCGCAGGGGUCAACCCAACCCGCUUUUUAAGGAGACAUUUGCCUUUCAGGUAGCCCUGUUUCAGCUCAACGAUGUUACGCUGAUGAUCUCCGUGUACGCCAAACGGCACAUGAGAAAAAACGAGAUGGUCGGCUGGUUCAGCCUGGGACUGAACUCGUCCGGAUCUGAAGAAGUGGCCCAUUGGGCAGACGUGUGUGAGAUGCCCAAGGGCGAGAUGCUGGCGCGUUGGCAUGUGCUGGUGGACUCCUGAUUUGAGCAGCUGGGCCAGUCCUUCGGACGCAGCGGAAAGGCCCUCCGAAAACUGGGUUUCGCUGCAUUCAAGGACCGGUCCCGCGAGAAGGGCUCGAAGGAGUCCCCUCUGAAGGAGGACGGAGCUCAAUUCCAUGCUUAUGACGCGGUCGCACUUGAUAUUGAGCCAGGCCUGCAGCUUGACUUUGUCUAAAGCAGAGGUCGGUGUUUGUGAUUUGUUUUUACAAGGGUCGAUGCCAAAUGACGGUUGCCGUUGACGAGUGCUUGGCCCAGGAUGAGACCAACUAAGAGGUAGGGCCAUCCGAACAAUCUAGCCCAACUGGGCAAUAAAAUAUUUGUAAUUUGAAAUCAAUUUUGUUCAUAAAAUGUAUAAAAUAUGAAAACUUCAAAGAAAUCACCUAGAAUAUUCAAAUUUUAUACGCAAUGACACGUAAAGUGCAUACCAGUACUUAAAUAACUACUUCAAAUUUAAAUUUUAUGAUUGUUUGUGAUAAAGAAUACUAUAUGAAAUACCAGAGGGCCGAACAGAGCGUAUUAAAGAUUUUGAGUGCACAUUUGUGCAUCUGUACAAGUUACGGAUGAGGGACGAAUUGUUGUAAUUGACCUUUCUGCAUCUUAUAUUUAAACAUUAAGUCCGGCACUAGCUGCCCAAAGUCUAUUGAGACUAGCACUUUUUUAUUACCAAAAUAUGAAAAUCAAAAACACAUAAAAACAAUUGUAGCCACUGCAUACAUAUAUACAUGAAACCAGCAAUUUACAUACCUUAACAAACCUACGUAUGGAACUCUUGUUUUUUUGAUCAAGAGCCAUGCGCAUGUUCCAGUUUUUAUAUUUAAGAAAAGACAAAAGUAUCGGUAGCUUAGAAUUUAAACGCACAAAUACAUCUUCUACAUUCGAAGAAAAGUUGAAAAAAAUGUUGGAUGAAAAAUUUAGGAAAUCUCCGAGUGCAAGCAUGCUAAAUCGCGUGUAGGGUAAGAAGAGGGAAUUCAUUAGAGCUUAAUUUAUAUUUAGGGAUCAGACUAAAAGAAGAGUCUGACGAUAGUUGACAGUCGUUGUAGCUGUACUUUACGAAAAAAAAGGGACUUUGGUUUUGCAUUGAGGUGCGUAAAUUACACAACUUAAAAGAAACUUAAAGAAGAAAACUUAAAGCUUUAAAAAAUAUUUAAAUAAAUUUGUUUGUAAACUAAAAAUUAAAUCGAAACCCAUAAGAACAAAACAAUUAAGGUAUUGCCAUGCGCAUCUAACGUAAUAAUUAUUUGAAUGUUGAAUAAAAGGAGCGUAUUUUGCCUUUCAUGUAUUUAUACCCUUUAAAAAUCUGUAUGUUUUACGUGUCGAAUAUUUUAUAACCGCAAUUCGAAUAAAUAUGUGUUCCUAGUUAAUACAAAGGCCAUUUAUAUGCUAGGUCUAUACUCUUAUUUGGGAAAGAGAGCGAGGCCAAAUCUAGCCAACUAAAGGAAAUCGUUAAUGACAGUAUUACACAUUUCCAAAUUCAACAGUACAACGGCCGU